CAAAAGCUAGCUCAUGAGGGGAGGAUUGCCCAAGAUCAUAUAAAGAGACCAAGGACCCUUUAACCCACCGAUGUGGGACUCCAACACCCCCCGCACGCCCAGGGCUGGACAUCUAGAGCGUAGACAAUAUAAGACGGGGGGCCCAACAUCGGAAACAAUGAACUGGGUGGGCCUGGCUCUGAUACCAUGAUAAAGAAAUGGACCUUGGGCCUAACUCAACCUCAAAAGCUAGCUCAUGAGGGGAGGAUUGCCCAAGAUCAUAUAAGGAGAUGAAGGACCCUUUAACCCACCGAUGUGAGACUCCAACAUAUGCCAUGUGGAUGAGAAGAAUAUAGUCAAGCAUAUCGGGAUGAAACUGAAGCAAAAGCAAGAAGAAAAGGAACAAAAGAGAACGGAAAAAUCUGAGGCUUGUCUGUACACAAUCAUCAAGGUAUCUCGUGAUGAAGACCUAGGUGAACAAAUUGGAAAGGAAAUUUAUUUUGAUCUUGUCGAUCAUGAUAAAGUGCAUAUAUUUCACAUUGAGAAACAAAUGACAUUUACUAAAUUCAAGGAGGAAGUUGCUAAGGCAUUUGGUGUACCAGUGCAGUUUCAACGUUACUGGCUAUGGGCAGAACGCAAGAACCAUACUUAUCGGCCUUAUCGUACAUUGACAGCUCAAGAAGAAAUUCAACCCGUUGGCCAACUGAGAGAGGUUUCAAACAAAGAGAAUAAUGCUGAGCUGGAACUAUUUCUGGAAGUAGAAUUAUGUUUGGAUUUGCGACCUUUUCCUCCACAAGAGAAGAUCAAGGAAGAUGUUCUUCUCUUUUUCAAACUGUAUGACCCUUUGAUAGAGAAGAUAAGAUACGUUGGACGACUUUUUGUAAAAGAAAGUGACAAGCCACUGGAUGUAUUAACAAAGAUAAAUGAGUUGGCUGGCUUUUCGGCUGAUGAAGAAAUUGAACUUUUUGAGGAAAUAAAAUUUGAACCCCAUGUGGUGUGUGAAAACAUCGACAGUAAUAUGAGUUUUCGUGAAUGUGUGAUAGGAGACGGGGAUAUAAUUUGCUUUCAGAAAUCUAUUCGAAAUCAAUGCAGUGAACAGUAUCGCUUUCCUGAGGUUCCUUUGUAUUUGGACUAUGUGCUCAAUAGACAGAUAAGACUGAGGAAAGAGCAAGAAGAAAAGGAACAAAAAAGAAAGGAGGGUGAAGAGGCUCGCCUCUAUACAAUCAUCAAGGUAGCUCGUGAUGAAGACCUCGGUGAACAAAUCGGAAAGGAGAUUUAUUUUGAUCUUGUGGAUCAUGAUAAAGUGCGUGCUUUUCAUAUACUGAAGCAGAUGCCAUUUACUCAAUUCAAGGAAGAAGUUGCUAGAACAUUUGGUACACCGGUGAAAUUUCAACGUUACUGGCUAUGGGAAAAACGUGAGAACUCUACGUAUCGACCUUAUCGUGCAUUGACAGCUCAAGAGGAAAUUCAAUCUGUUGGUGAACUGAGAGAUGUUUCAAAUAAAGGGAAUAGUGCUGAGAUAAAACUGUUUCUAGAAGUAGAAUUAUGCUUGGAUCUGCGACCUUUAUCUCCACCAGGAAAGGUCAAGGAAGUAAUUCUUCUGUUUUUCAAACUUUAUGACCCUUUGGAAGAGAAGAUAAGGUAUGUUGGGCGAAUGUUUGUAAACAGAAGUAGCAAGCUGCUGGAGAUAUUAACAAAGCUGAAUGAGUUGGCUGGCUUUUUGCCUGAUGAAGAAAUUGAUUUUUUUGAGGAGAUAAACUUUGAACCGAAUGUGAUUUGUGAACACAUUGACAGUAAUACGAGUUUUUGUGACUGUGAGAUGGGAGAUGGAGAUAUAAUAUGCUUUCAGAAAUCCCUUCGAAAUCAAUGUGGUGAACAAUAUCGCUUUCCUAAGGUUCCCUCUUUUUUGGAGUAUGUGCACAGUCGUCAGAGGCUGAAGAAAGAGCAAGAAGAAAAGGAACAACAGAGAAAGGAUAAAACAGAGGCUCGUUUUUACCAAAUCAUCAAGGUAGCUCGUGAUGAAGACAUCGGCGAACAAAUUGGGAAGGAGAUUUAUUUUGAUCUUGUGGAUCAUGAUAAAGUGCGUACUUUUCGUAUUCAAAAGCAGAUGCAGUUUAUUCAAUUCAAGGAGGAAGUUGCUAAGGAAUUUGGUAUAGCUGUUCAAUUUCAACGUUUCUGGUUAUGGCAAAAACGCCAGAACCAUUCAUAUCGGCCUCAUCGUGCUUUGAAAGCUCAAGAGGAAAUUCAAUCCGUAAGUGAACUGAGAGAGGGUUCAAAUAAAGGGAAUGAUGUUGAGCUAAAGCUAUACCUGCAAGUAGAUUUAUGCCUGAAUUUGCGACCAUUUGCUCCUCCGGGGAAGACCAAGGAAGAAAUCCUUAUUUUUUUCAAACUUUAUGACCCUCUGAAAGAGAAUAUAAGGUAUAUUGGACGACUAUCUGUAAAAGGAAGUGGCAAGCUGCAGGACAUAUUAUCGAAGCUAAAAGAGUUUGCUGGCAUUUCGCCUAAUGAGGAAAUUGAACUUUAUAAGGAAAUAAAUUUUGAACCCAGUGUGAUGUGUGAAAAAAUUGACAAUAUGUUGAGCUUUAGUGAGUGCCAGCUAGAAGACGGGGAUAUAAUUUGCUUUCAGAAAUCCCUUCAAAAUCAAUGCAUUGAACAAUAUCGCUUUCCUGAGGUUCCUUCAUUUUUGGAGUACGUGCACAAUCACCAGCAAAAAGAGCACAAAAUGCUUGCUUCUGGUUCCGAUUUUCCAACUAAGAGACCUGAGCCGCAUGAAGUUACACCAACGGACACAGCAAGUACAGUUGCUCCUCAGGAUGUGGAUGAUGCGGAAUCAACACGGUUCACAUGGACUGUUGACAAUUUUUCAACGUUGAAUGUGAAGUUGUACUCUGAUGUCUUUAGUGUAGGGGGAUGUAAAUGGAGGAUACUGAUGUUCCCAAAAGGAAAUAAUACAAAUCAUUUGUCAAUUUAUUUAGAUGCGGCAGAUGCUGCAUCAUUGCCUUCUGGUUGGAGUAGUUAUGCUGAGUUUAGCUUAGCUGUUCUCGAUCAAGUUCAUGGCGAAUUCACAGUUAGAAAAGAUACUAAGCACAUGUUUGAUGCAAGCAUGGAUGAUUGGGGUUUCACCUCAUUCUUGCCUCUUAUUGAACUACAUGAUCCUGGUAGAGGUUAUCUUGUGGAUGAUAAAGUCAUACUUGAAGCCGUUGUUUCCAUGCCUAAAAGUCAUUGACUCCGUGGUUUCGACUUUAAAGUCAUUGGUAAUAGACUUGGAAGACCACUGCUAGGACAUUGUUAUCGAGAGCAAAAUGGGGUAGCAGACUUCCUUGCAAAGAGCUGGAAAGAAACUUUUUGAUCAUUUUGCUUAUGUGCUAUUUCCUUGUGUGGCUGCUGUGGAAGCUUUAUUAGCAGAAGCAGAAAACUUAGGAACUACUUUUGUCAGCCAGUUUUCAGAUAUUCCUACUACUUCAGUUUAUGACUAGGCUUCGCAUGACCUAGGUUGCAUAUUUAUAUUUACAAUUAUCGUUUUCCUACCAAAAAAGUUCGUUCCUCCACAAUCAUUUGAAAACAAACUGUUUAAAAG